AUGGGGAACUGCUUCGGCUCCGAGGAAGCCGAGGUGGAGGCCGUCAAGCAGGGCGGCGUGCAGGGCCACGAGCACGGACAUGGACGCCCUCAAGCAGCGAUUGCAAGCCGCGGUGCUCCUCCCAUGGCGGCGCCCAAGGCCCACGUCGCCGCGGGCGGCAGGAGGUCCCCGGCCUCGUCGUCCAUGAGCAGCGUCACCACCCGGAGCACCAGCGCCAGCACGUCGGCGGGCGGCGGCGCGCAGGAGGGGGCGGAGCCGGAGGGCAGGAUCCUGGAGGCGCCCAACCUGCGCAUCUUCACGUUCGCGGAGCUCCGGGCGGCGACGAGGAACUUCAAGCCGGACACGCUGCUGGGCGAAGGCGGGUUCGGGCAGGUGUACAAGGGGUGGGUCGACGAGAAGACCAUGAACCCGGCGCGCAGCGGCACCGGCAUGGUCAUCGCCGUCAAGAAGCUCAACCAGGAGAGCCUGCAGGGCCUCGAAGAAUGGCAGUGCGAGGUGAACUUUCUGGGGAGGAUAUCGCACCCGAACCUGGUGAGGCUGCUGGGGUACUGCCUGGAGGACAGGGAGCUGCUGCUCGUCUACGAGUUCAUGGCCAAGGGCAGCCUGGAGAACCACCUCUUCAGAAAAGGCGGAUCUGUCCAGCCCAUCCCAUGGGGCCUGCGGCUCCGGAUCGCCAUCGACACCGCCCGCGGCCUCGCCUUCCUCCACUCGUCGGAGAAGCACGUCAUCUACCGAGACUUCAAGGCUUCAAACAUCCUCCUCGACACGAACUACAACGCCAAGCUCUCCGACUUCGGCCUGGCGAGGAACGGCCCCACCGGCGGCGACAGCCACAUCACCACCCGCGUGAUGGGCACCUACGGCUACGCGGCGCCGGAGUACGUGGCGACGGGCCACCUGUACGUGAAGAGCGACGUGUAUGGGUUCGGCGUGGUGCUGCUGGAGAUGCUGACGGGCCUGCGGGCGCUCGACACGGCCCGGCCCGCGCAGCAGCUGAACCUGGUGGACUGGGCCAAGCCGUACCUGGCGGACCGGCGGAAGCUCCCCCGCCUCGUGGACCCGCGGCUGGAGGGGCAGUACCCGUCCAAGGCCGCGCUGCGGGCCGCGCAGCUCACACUGAGCUGCCUCGCGGGCGAGCCCAGGAACCGGCCCUCCAUGGCAGAGGUCGUGACGACCCUGGAGGAGAUCGAGCGGAUGCGGCCGCGGCACCGGCGCGCGUCGCCGGAGGAGGACAGGGAGAGCGGCAGCGGCGCGUCGUCUCGGAGCGCGGCAGGGCGGAGCGAGCGCCACGGGCACAGGCACCAGCAGCAGUCGCCGCGGCCGAGGUCCGGGACGGACGGCGCCCGGAGCGGCCACCCGUCUCCUCGGGUGAGAUGA